CGGACUUACUUCCCGGCCGGAGCUCUGUUGGCGACACCGCGUAUCCCCGUUAAGUUACGAUGAGUACUUCGGAGUCUUUGGACCGAAUGGAGCUGUGCGAGAGCCUCUUGACUUGGAUCCAGACAUUUGGAGUGGAAGCUCCAUGCAAGACAGUGGAAGAUCUGACGAGUGGCGUCGUCAUGGCCCAGGCGCUACAGAAAAUAGAUUUAACAUAUUUCAAUGAGAGCUGGAUUAGUAGAAUCAAGCCUGAGGUUGGGGACAACUGGAGGUUGAAGGUCAGCAACCUGAAGAAAAUUCUGAAGGGCAUCCUAGACUAUAACCAAGAGGUCCUCGGCCAGCAGAUUAAUGACUUCGCGCUCCCUGAUGUUAAUCUUAUUGGGGAACACUCGAAUGCAGCAGAACUUGGGAGGAUGCUUCAGCUCAUACUGGGCUGUGCUGUCAGUUGUGAACAGAAACAAGAAUACAUCCAGACCAUAAUGAUGAUGGAGGAGUCAGUGCAGCAUGUUGUCAUGACAGCCAUUCAAGAGCUGAUGAGUAAAGAGACUCCAGUGACAGGAGGAAAUGACUCGUAUGUGGAUCUGGACAGACAGCUGAAGAAGACAGUGGAGGAGCUUAACGAUGCUUUGGCCACCAAGGAAGAGAUCGCUCAGAGGUGUCGCGAACUGGACAUGCAGGUUGCAGCUCUGCAGGAGGAGAAGGGUAGUUUACUAGCGGAGAAUCAGAUCCUAAUGGAGAGACUCAACCAGUCUGACUCUAUAGAGGAUGUCAACAGCCUCGCAGGUCGCAGACACCUUCAGCUGCAGACACAGCUGGACCAGCUGCAGGAAGAGACUUUUAGGUUGGAGGCCGCUAAAGAUGACUAUCGUAUACGCUGUGAGGAGCUGGAGAAGGAGCUGCUGGAUGUCAGAUCUCAGAACGAGGAGCUCACAUCACUGGCUGAUGAGGCACAGUCUCUCAAAGACGAGAUGGACGUCCUCAGGCAUUCUUCAGACAAAGUGUCCAAACUGGAGGGUAUGGUGGAAUACUAUAAGAAAAAAUUGGAGGACCUGGGAGUUCUCCGGAAACAGGUGAAACUUCUGGAGGAGAAGAAUACCUUGUACAUGCAGAACACUGUAAGUCUAGAAGAGGAUCUACGUAAGGCGAAUGCCACUAAGGGCCAACUUGAGACAUACAAGAGACAGGUUGUUGAACUUCAGAACAGAGUGUCUGAAGAGUCUAAAAAGGCCGACAAGAUGGAGUUUGAAUACAAACGCCUCAAAGAGAAAGUAGAGUCUCUACAGAAAGAAAAAGAUCGUAUGAGGACAGAGAGAGACUCUCUAAAGGAGACCAUUGAGGAGCUGCAUUGUGUCCAGGCACAGGAAGGACGGCUCACUUCAGGUUUGUUUCCAGCGAUUGGCAACGAGGGCUCUGAUUCGCUGGCUGCGGAGAUUGUCACUCCAGAGAUUCGAGAACAUUUGAUCCGUCUUCAGCAUGAAAACAAGAUGUUGAAGCUGGCCCAGGAGGGAUCCGACAAUGAGAAGAUUGCACUGCUGCAGAGUCUUUUGGAGGAUGCCAACCGCAGAAAGAAUGAACUGGAGACGGAAAACAGGUUAAUAAACCAGCGUCUGAUGGAGGGGCAGAGUCAGGUAGAGGAACUACAGAAGAGCCUUCAAGAGGAGGGCUCCAAAGCAGAUGAUUCAGCCGUCCUAAAGAAGAAAUAUGGCGAGCACAUGGAGAAGCUGCGCGAAUUGAACGAUGAGCUGCUGAAGAAAAACGCCAUCAUUGAUGACAUGGAGCCCAAAUACACCACCAGCUCCCAACGAGUGGAUGAACUGGAAGAGGCGUUGAAGAAGAAAGACGAUGACAUGAAACAGAUGGAGGAGAGAUAUAAGAAAUAUCUGGAGAAGGCCAAGAGUGUGAUUCGGACGCUGGACCCCAAACAGAACCAGGGCCCAUCUCCAGAGGUCCAGAUUCUAAAGAGCCAGCUGCAAGAAAAGGAAAUGAUGCUGCACUCUCUGGAGAAAGAGAUGGACAAGACAAAGAGUCAGAGGGACUAUGAGGAGAAACUGAUAGUGUCAGCCUGGUACAACAUGGGUAUGUCAAUGCAGAAGAAAGCAGCCGAGGACCGGCUGGCCAAUUCUGGUUCUGGUCAGUCCUUCUUGGCCCGGCAGAGACAGGCCACCAACACUCGCCGUAGUUACCCAGGCCAUGUCCAGCCAGCUACCGCAAGGUAGACCAAACCAGGGCAGACAACACUUCGCCAAACUACCUUACAACCUCCUUUAACCUACAUAGAUGUCCCAGGUUUUUUUGGAGUACACAAUUCCAAUUAAUAUCCAACGGAGCUUCCUGUUUUCCUGUCUUGCCCACUGAUUUCCUUUUUGUGUCUUCUUGAUCAGAUCCAUGAGGUAGAGAUGCUAGGCAAGACUGCCUAAACCCUGAACCCCCCUUUAAUUCUCGACUAAGCAACUCUGAACCCAGACUCCCUUGACGCCAGCCUCCAACCUGUCUCACACCCCAACUCAUAAACAGUUAAGACUCCUGCCCUACUUACUCCAACACUAGACGUGAACAAACUGUCUCGUCUCUGUCUCCUCCUCUGCGACAGGGUUUUGCUAAACUAUAUUUACGCUCCGCAGGUAAGCAGUCUGGACCCCCCCCCCUCCCCAAUCUGUGCUGAGCAACGUAGCUCUGCUGUCUGUUUUCUGUCCAUCUGUUGACAACAUACUUUCCUCCUCAUGGAGAGAAACCUCUCUCCCUGCUCAUGCAGUAUUUAUGCACAUUUGUACUUAUCGAAAUGGAGGUUCUGUUUUUGUUUUUGACUGGAGUGUGUUUUUAUUUUGCCUUGAUUUAUCUCUUGAAAUUAACGGAAGAUGUAGCUUUAAGCAAAUAACCACAAUUUUUCAGUAACAUUUUCCCUCGGAAGCCUCUUCAGUGUUUUGUAUACAAGUGGAUGAUAUUUUCAUAAGAUUCCUUACUUGCAGUGUCUUAAGUUAUUAUGUCUUCUACUGGGGAAGUAGGUCAGUGUUGCGGUAGCAAGAUGCUAUGUAGAGGUGUAUUGGAAGAUGUAAGUUUUUAAGACAAACCGGUGAUAAUUAAUAAUCACAUGGUCGGUGACAGGAAGUCAAAUCAGUUCGUCUAGACACAACGUUUAUUGAGAGAGACUGCAGGUACCCCCGCCCUUAUAAAUAACACAGCGGCAUAACGACCGAAAACAACGAUCGGUUUCAUAUGUAAAUUGCCGUGACCAUUAACUAGUGUUACAGUGGCCAUGUGUGCUGUUCACAGAGGAUCGGGGAAUGGUUGCAGUCACGGCAUUGUAAGAUGGCGACAGCUCGUAGAGAGGAGAAGGACAAAAGCUGCCUAAGCGUAAACUGUUUGUGAUUCUGUAUGUGGCGGGGGCGUCGGAAAAGUUCAGACGCAUAUUUUCCAAACACCGCGUCUCCGUUGCUUUCAGUCCCCAAAACACGCCGCGCCAGAAAUUUGGUCCACCCCGAGGAUCGAGUCCCUCUCAAUAAACGUGUCCAGAUGAACUGAUUCGACUUCCUGUGAUUUUCUUACCUGGAUUAUUGAGCUCGCAUGAAGACACAUGGUCAGCGUUUAGUUCGGGAUGAAAAUGAGUUCAGUGGUCUCUGAUGGGCUCGGGUGAUGGGAAAUCCCACAUUUGAAGCUCACCCCAACUUCUGUUGCGUUGGAAAACAACACUGAUAUUAUGGGAAACGAUUCAGCUCACUUCCUGGAAUUAUUGAAAUAACUAAAGUUACUUCAGAUGCUGUCUGAUUGAUUGCACAGUGUCGGGGGUGGGGGGGGGGGUUGUAGCACAGGUCAAGAUGUUGCAUAAUGUUAUAGGCUGGUCACUGUGUUGCAUGUAGGACCUUGUUGGGGGAGAAUGGGGAAAGUCUUCAGUAGGUUGAAAUGGCUGCGGCUUCUCCCAGUCUUGGUCUCAAACGACACCUUAUCUGCCGUUAGUGUUCAGUUGCCAUUUACCAGGCUGUGUGAUUUCUGUCUUCAUUGUUACACUGACUCGUUCCUCCAUACAAGUAUUCAGCAGCCCUUUGGAAAAGGUCAGUCUCCAUCAGUAGCAUGGACUCAAAGAGGGACGGGUAGGACUAAGAAGAACCAGCUUUGACAAAGUUGGUUUAAUCUUUUAAAGAACUAAUAGGUUUUUAGACACCUUUUUGUGUUUUGCACAUUUCUUGUUUCGUUGUGGUGAUGGACAGAGCUGAAUUGAGAGCAAUAUUUAAAAGAGAGUAGUUGUAAAGAGAUGAGCUGAAAUGUAAAAUUGGUCUAAGUUAAAAUGACAAGGCGCGUGUUACAGAUCCACGCACCCGGUCGAAGGGAGGAUCGAUGAAUUAGCAGUGCCUUUUAGACUCGGUGUAACUGAGAGCGAAGGUGGUUAUAAAGAGCGCACAUUUCCCCCGUCAUUCUUUGCUAUUUUAGAUUUUUUUAAAAAGUCCUGACCCUGACCGUAGGUUUCUUGACAAUUCUUUCGAUUCGGUGGGCUCAGCGAGGGCUUCUUUACCCUUAUAAUUCCUGUAUUUACCUGUUUUAUUGUGUAACCUUGUUAUAAUUCAUGCCUGGCGUUUUUUUUAUAUCAUUUGCUAUUAUUUAUUAUUCUUCUGACGCUUGUUCAGCACUUUGUAACAUUGUUUCGAGGUGCUGUGGAAGACAUGACUACCAGCUCUACUGUUACAUGUGCUACAGACUCUUCAAAGAGCCAGGAUACAAAGCUGUUACAUGUACUCUAGACUCUUCAAAGAGCCAGGACACAAUGCUGUUACAUGUCCUUCUUAUGCAAAAGAGGGUAAAUAUCAUAAUUGUCUCAUGUGGGGAAAGAAAAAAACAAUAAUGGAUUGAAUAGGAGAAGAUUAGCAUUGUUCACUCAAGUUUGAGUAUGAAAACGACACAGGGUUAAAUCCACCACCAGUCAGUCGUUCCAGGACUUGGAUGUAAUUCAUGUCCAUUCUGAGAACGACACCGUAAUCAGCAGCAAAUGAUGCAGUUACACAAUAGGCACUCCUCUGUUGCUGAAAAAUGAUGUGAAUGCACUCAUUAGCUUCUGUAGGUUAAAGAGAUUUUGCAGGGGCGUCCAGGUAGCGUGGCGGUCUAUUCCGUUGCCUACCAGCACGGGGGUCGCCAGCUUGAAUCCCUGUAUUACCUCCGGCUUGGUCGGGCAUCCCCACACACACAAUUGGCCGUGUCUGCGGGGGGAAGCUGGAUUCCUGGUCGCUGCAUUAGUGCCUCCUCUGGUCAGUCGGGGCUGCUGUUCGGGGGGGGGGGGACUGGGGGGAAUAGCAUGAUCCUCCCACGCGCUGCGUCCCUCCGGCGAAACUCCUCACUGUCAGGUGAAAAGAAACAUCUGGCGACUCCACAUGUAUGGGAGGAGGCACGUGGUAGUCUGCAGCCCUCCCUGGACCGGCAGAGGGGGUGGAGCAGCGACCGGGACGGCUCGGAAAAUAGCGUAAGUGACCACGUACAAUUGGGGAGAAAAGGGGGAGGGGGGGUCCAAAAACAAGGGACAUGCAGUAAUCUUGGUUCAAGGUUUUUGUAGUCAUGAGCACUAGACAGCAUGGAAGCAAAUGAAAUUCUUCGGCCUAGAGCUCAGCGCAGCACUGUGAUAAAAUAAACAGCUGGAACCAUGUAUGAUGUUUUGAGCCACCCACCCCCUUGGCACAGAGGAUCAUUCUCUGUAUCACAAAUGAUGAUACGAUGAUAUAGAUGUUUUGAACCAAAGCCUAAAUGUGCUCAGCAGGCUUCAGCCCCAGACCUCAAAUUACCAUCCCUGAAUCUGAAUACCGGCUCAGGAUCACAACAAUCAUGCUAGUGGUCGUAAUAACAAUGUGCGGUAUAUUGCUAACCUGCAGAAGCCAAAAUGAGUGCGUGAUAGUCCUUUAUGUUCCCUAGUGUUACUUGUGUCCCAGCAUGGGACAGUCAGUUGUGUAUUAUUAUAGAGGUCAAACGAACAACAGAAGGCUGUGAAGAGGUCAAGAUUUAUCACAACAUAUAACAGUUGCUGUAUUUUCUAUUGAUAGGAUACAUUUUUCUUCAAACAUUUAACUGAAGUAGUAAAUAACCUUUCCAUUUGCCAAGUUUUAUAUUGCUUGUAUACAAAUACUAAAUGUACAUAUUGUAUGUGAGAGACAGUGGUAGAGGACAUGUCUGGUCAUUUUAGAAGGUGGAAAACUCAUAAUUGAAGUUAGAUGGAUUUCAUAUAGCAUCUGUCCAUUGAGUACAUGUUGAUAAAAACGUGCUUCCUACACUGCAAAACCUGGAAAUUAUGUUGUAAAUAAAGCUUGUAUAAA